UCCACUCCAGCACCCAGUACAUCAGGCCCACCAACCAGCCACCGUCUACCCCUUACCCGUUUUCCCUCCACCCGCGCCGCGCCAUGUCGCUCGUCCCUCUGUCGCUGGACCCCGCACCCUUCCCCCUCCUCCCAGCCGCCGCCGCCGCCGGCCGCGUCCCGAGGCCUCGCUCGCCAGCCUUGAGACCCUCGCCGCCGCGCCUAUGCCGGACGCUGAGGGCCGCGUCCGUUGCACCAGCGGCCGCGGAGGAGCCGUCCGCGGCCGCGCGGGGGAGGCUGGAGUCGCUGAGCCAGGUGGCCGGGGUGCUGGGCACGCAGUGGGGAGACGAGGGCAAGGGAAAGCUCGUCGACAUCCUCGCGCAGCGCUUCGACGUCGUCGCCCGGUGCCAGGGUGGAGCUAAUGCUGGACAUACCAUAUACAAUUCUGAGGGGAAGAAGUUUUCACUGCAUCUUGUUCCGUCAGGCAUCCUUAAUGAGAACACACAAUGUGUGAUUGGUAAUGGAGCAGUAGUUCAUCUUCCUGGAUUCUUUAAAGAAAUUGAUGGACUGGAAUCUAAUGGAAUUUCUUGCGAAAGAAGAAUUUUGGUAUCAGACCGCGCUCAUCUUUUGUUUGACCUUCAUCAAGUUGUUGAUGGACUUAGAGAGGCAGAACUUGGGAAUUCCCUUAUAGGAACAACAAGGAGGGGAAUUGGACCUUGCUAUUCGAACAAAGUUAUCAGGAAUGGACUUAGAGUUAGUGAUCUGCGACAUAUGGACACCUUUGGUGCAAAACUCAACACCUUAUUGAGAGACGCAGCUCUGCGCUUUAAAGAUUUUGAAUACAGCAACAAGAUCUUAAAGGAGGAGGUUGAGAAGUAUCAAAGGUUUGCUGAACGACUGGAACCUUUUAUUGCUGACACUGUGCAUUUCAUGAAUGAGUCAAUCUUGCAGAAUAAGAAAAUAUUGGUUGAAGGUGGUCAAGCUACCAUGUUAGACAUCGACUUUGGUACCUACCCGUUUGUUACUUCCUCAAGUCCCUCAGCUGGUGGAAUUUGUACUGGGCUUGGUAUUGCUCCAAGAAGCCUCGGUGAUCUCAUUGGAGUGGUAAAAGCUUACACGACCAGGGUUGGAUCUGGUCCAUUCCCAACAGAACUAUUGGGUAAGACUGGUGACUUGCUCCGUGCUACUGGAAUGGAAUUUGGGACUACAACAGGUCGGCCCAGGCGUUGUGGUUGGCUUGAUAUAGUUGCACUGAAAUACUGUUGCCAAAUCAAUGGUUUCUCAUCUUUGAAUCUCACGAAGCUCGAUGUCUUGACUGGACUCAAGGAAGUUAAGCUGGGUAUCUCAUACUGUACCGAAGACGGCAAUACAAUUGAAUCAUUCCCAGCAGACCUUGAUCUUUUGGAUCAAAUAAAGGUCAAAUAUGAGGUCCUUCGUGGGUGGGAGGAUGACAUUUCUUCAAUACGAGACUACAAUGAUCUCCCAGAAACGGCUCGUCUUUACGUGGAGAGGAUAGAAGAGUUGGUUGGCAUUCCAAUCCACUACAUCGGUGUCGGACCUGGACGUGAUGCUCUUAUAUACAAAUAACUUGUCAUCUCUUUAGAUAUCCCUGAUUUGGUUCAAUAAUGCAAUUGUUUUGGUUACUAAUAAAGACGGAGAGUAUAGGAAUUCCACAUCCUCUGCCAAAUGAGUUCAAAUGAGGCUCAGGAAGCAUAUCUCCACAAUUUGAGUUUUGUUAACUCGACACCUAAUUGAAGCAUCUCUAUUUACAAACUA